AUGAAGGCCCUCAGCUUACACGGUCCUUGGGCCUAUUACGAACGCAAGUCCGCGGAAAACGAGCGUCGAAUUGCCGACCUGGAACAGGAAGUCCUUCGAUGGAAAUCACAACACGACGAGCUCCAACACAAGGUGGAAUACCUGGAGGCCGAAAGGAAGCAGCUACAGGGCGUCCAGCUACCUGGCCUGCUUGCCGAAAAGGGUCGUUCGCAGGGCAUCAUCGACAAUCUACAAGCGGAGCUUGCACGGGAACGCCUUGAGCGCGCCGACGAGCAUAGGCAGCUCACGGUAGAAGUAUCCAGCUUGACACAGGAGCUGCAGAAACUUUCAGCGGACAAUGCCGUGCUGCGCUCGGAGCUCGCCAAAACUGUGCACCAGAAGCAACUGACCUCCACGAAGCUGGAACAGAUCCGGAAGAAGCUGGGACUGUCCGAGUCUGAGGCCAAAGCAUUCAUCCAGGUGGCGGAGUUGCGCAUGCAGUUACAGAAGCAGCAGGGAGAGAUUUGGCAAGCCAAGACCGAGCAGCAGACCGCCCUGGCCGCGGCGCGGCAGCUGCAGCAGCAGCAACAGCCGGGCUCGGGCCGCAGGUCCUCGCAGUUGGUGAUGCGUGAGUGGUCGGUGCCGGGCGAGCUUGGGUCGGGUGCCGCUGCGGGGGAGCGGCCUGCAGCGGCGCUGGCGGCAGGCCGGACCGGGACGUGCGGCGUGACAGCGUGUGCUUCAACGGGGUCAGUGGGAGUGGCCUCGGUGGCUUCGGAGCGGCGAGCUGGGGGCAAGCAGAAUCGCCCGCCCUGGAGUGAUGCUAGCAGGGGCAAGGGAGCCGCGGCGGCCAGCACCGCCGGCGUCGCCAAGCCGGUGGUUCACGUACCCGUCAGCGUGAAGCCGCUCGGCCCUACCGACGCCGCCAAGGCCGGCAUCAUACGGCAAGCCCUGGCUGCGCGAAACCAGCGGCUAGGUUUUACGCAGCAGCAGCAGCAGCAGCAGGAGGCCUAG